AUGUCGUCUCAAUCGAGUCCCGAAGUACAUGAGAAGAAUCAUCUUUCUUCCAAGGGAAACGACAUCUUCACUAAAGAAAUCGAAAGCCAAAACGAUGACACUCAAUCCUCUGUACCAGACUUCGCAGUUAAAAGGAGUUUGGUUAUAAAAAAAACAGAAAUUAUGUCUGCUGUAUAUGAUAAAUGGUACCACCAUGUAAUUUUAUUAUUUUCUGCAUUCGUGUGUGGAUACGCAUAUGGUUUGGAAUGUAAUAUCAGGUACAUCUAUACUGGUUACGCUACAUCUUCUUACGCAGAACAUUCUUUGUUAUCCACAGUUAACGUUAUUAACGCUGUGGUUUCCGCUGCUUCCCAAAUUAUUUACUCUAGAUUAUCCGAUUUCUUUGGGAGACUAACAUUAUUCAUUAUAGCCAUUGUCCUUUAUGUUGUUGGUACAAUUAUCCAAUCUCAGGCUUAUGACGUUCAAAGAUAUGCUGCGGGGGCUAUAUUUUAUAAUGCAGGGUACGUUGGUAUCAUUCUAAUCUUACUGCUGAUCUUAUCUGAUUUUUCUUCAUUAAAGUGGAGGUUAUUUUACCAGUUUGCCCCAACAUGGCCAUUCAUUAUCAACACAUGGAUUAGUGGUAAUGUCACUAGCUCUGCAAACCCUUUAGUGCAUUGGUCAUGGGACGUCGGUAUGUGGGCCUUCAUAUUCCCGUUAGCAUGCAUCCCUAUGAUUGGUUGUAUGAUACAUAUGCAAUGGAAAGCAAGCAAGACUCCGGAAUGGCAUGCCCUUAGAAGUGAAAAGUCGUUCUAUCAAGCCAAUGGGUUUUACAAGACAAUGACAGAACUGUUCUGGAAGCUAGAUAUCAUCGGUACUUUAUUAUUUACAGCUUGCUUAGGGUGUAUCCUAGUUCCAUUAACACUAGCCGGUGGUACUAAUUCUAAAUGGAAUAAUUCCCGUGUUAUUGGUCCUUUCGUGUUAGGUUUCGUGCUGAUUCCAAUCUUGGGUGUCUGGGAAUACAAGUGGGCCAGAGAUCCUCUAAUACCCUACAAAUUGGUCAGAGAUCGUGGUGUUUGGGCGGCCCUAGGUAUUUCUUUCCUAAUCGACUUCAUUUUUUACAUGGCAGCUGAUUACUUAUACACUGUGAUGGUUGUAGCCGUCCACGAAUCUGUUAAAUCAGCUACUCGGAUUUCAACACUGUCCUCUUUUGUUUCCACAGUAGCUUCUCCAUUCUUCGCUCUGCUGAUGACAAGAUGCACCAGGUUGAAACCGUUCAUUAUUUUCGGUUGUUCCCUAUGGAUGUUGAGUAUGGGACUGCUAUACAACUUCAGAGGUGGAGAACAAUCUCAUAGCGGUAUCAUUGGCGCCCUCUGUGUGUAG